UUCAGCUAAGUGAAUAACCGAACUUGAAAAAAAUACAUACAAGUACAUAAACAAGCAGAUCUUGCAGAAAUAUUGUAUAGUGAAUAAACUCUUUCAAUGAUUACUGGUUUUGACCAACUCUCUUAGACAAAACUCCAUCGGUAGCAGCAGCAGUAUCAUCAUCAUUUUGGGUAAAAGUUACGGAAAUAACGAGAGUGUUUUGGUUUGUGCUGCUAUUUUUGUUUAAGAUUAAAAAUAAUUUACAAUUUAUUUUCAUUUUUCUUGCGCCUGUGAAUUUUAUUUUAAAUAUCGGCACGAUCCCCUAGUAAAAACAAAAAAUAAAUAUUUUUGUGGCGGAUCAAACGUAGUAGCAACCUACUUUAACGAUUAUAAUCGUCGUUCUUGUUUCAUGGAUUUUUUUGCAAAUGUUUACAUUUUGUUCAUGAUUCUUGAGUGUGUUUGAACGUUAAAGUGAUGAAUAAGAGAUUUUUUUUGCCGGUUAUUUAAAAUGAAAUUGUGUGUAUAGCUUUCACUUGAUGACCGGAUUUAUUUGUGGUUUUAGGCAAUUACCAACAACUAACCAAUUUCAUAGACAAUUUUAAGUGUUUAAAAAUAAAUUUAAUAUUGCUAUUAUUGAUUAUCAAAAGAGUUGGAUGAGUUUUUAAUCGAAUAAAUUAUUUGCUGGGUAAAAUCAAAGAAAUGAAGUUAAGCUACUUCAAAAUGCAACCCUUAAAUAAUACUACUAAAUAACCAACAAGGACAUACAAAAACCGUUACUAUGGUAAAUAGAAAACAACCAAACGAAAACAAAACCUAAAACUACAAUAUUUUAAUAAUAAUACUAUAAUUAAGAGAAAUAAAUAUGGGUACUCCGGGAAAUUGGUUACAAGUUAUUGUGGACGAGAAUGAAAAACCCAAAUUAACCACAUUACCAACAUGUAUGACUGUCAGCGAUAUUAAAUCGGACAAUUAUGUUAGACUAAUAGCAACUGAUAUAACAUUAGAUGAGGAACCACCGGCAGCUAAGCUUAAAGUAUUUCGGGGUAUUGAUUUGGAAUCCGAACACGAAUUGAACGGUAUACCAGCAGCUAUAGAAAGUUUGUACAUCGAUGAGUCGGAACCAAAAACACCGAUUUUAGCUGUGGCUGUCAGUGAAUCGGUGUUAUUCUUUCGCCAUAUGAAACCUUAUUUCAAAUAUACUUUACCCGAAUUGGAGGUUUUGGAGGAGGAAAAGGAAAUAUGGCGUAAAUUAAAUAUAGUAAGAACAGAUGAUCAUGAAGCUCUUAUAGAGGAACUUAAAGGUAUGGAACGUCCUAAACUAACCAGGAAAUCUCAACAUUUGCUAAAUCUAAUGCCCCAGGACAGGGAUAGAUUUAUACGUGAACAAGGAGAACACAAUUUAAUACGUUAUCCAUCGGCAGUUGCUCUUAAAUGUUUAGCCCGUGUUUCGAGUGGCGUUUCACAACCCCCCUCACAUUUAGUAAUUGCCACCGAUACUGGUGAGAUUUUAAUACUAGAACCUCAAAGUUUUGGACUAUUAUAUAGAGCUAUGGCUUGCCCCGAUAUAACGCCUAGUAUGUUGGCUGUCAAUGGUUGUUUUGAAACUGACUUCUGUAUUGCUAUAGCUACACGUUAUGGCUCGGUUUAUCUUUUACGCAAAGCAGCCACCGAAGGUCAAGAAAUAUUUAAAUUAUCCCACCCAUUAACUGGUUUAGUUCUACUACCCAUCGAUCAGACAAUUGUAGUAUCAUCGAUGGAUAAAAAAUUACUUUGCUAUUCGAAAAAGGGUAAACAAUUGUAUAUGGUGCGUUUGGAGGAACAACCAAUUUGUAUGACCAUGGUGAAUUUAACCCAUUUGGGUUUGACUUUAAUUUGUGUGGCUUUACAAGGCGGACUCUUGCAAUUUUACAUGCAAAAGUAUUUGGUGGAUGAAUUUCAAAUUUGUGGCACUGUUAGUUCCAUGAUUUUUGGCUAUUUGGGUUUGGAAGAACAUGUUCUUUGCUUGACAACUAUUGAAGGCGAUUUAGUGAUUAAAAUUCUAAAGAGAACAGCAUCCUUCGAACCAAAUCAGAAGUUAUCCGGACGUGGCAUACCGCAUAUCUCAGACAUGGUGCAAAACGCAGUUUUGGAAAAACCCAAAAAGAGUUCUAUAUUUGUAGAACAAGUUGCUCGAGAAAAGCAGAAUGCUAAAUCCACCUAUGGAAGCUUUCAGGUGGAAUUAUGGCGUUUAAGACAUACCGCUGCCAGAGCAACAGUUGAUGCUUUAAAUUCUUCCGAACGCACUAUAUCGGGAGAUAUAACUCAUGCUCCUGUAAAACUUUCAGCUGAAGUUUGUGGUGUCGGUCCGGUCUUUCGUUUGUAUUUAACAAUACAAAACUUAUCAACAUAUAAAAUGGCUUCAAAUCUAGUAGUUCUACUGCAUGCCGAUAGACGCCAUUAUACUAUACAAAAAUCUAUGGCCAAGCUUCCCAGUAUAUUGCCUGGAGUUCCAUUGAAGAUUGAUUUUGAAGUAGUGGCUGUUUUGGAUAUUAAUGACAAAUUACCACCGCAUACCCUAACACCAGAUAAUUCACACAUACGUGUAAUGAUAAUGAAAAUUCAACAAACAAAACCAUUAAUAGCAGCCGUCAUUGCAAUGCCACAAUCAGAAGCAAAUUUCUAAAGCAUAUUAUUAGGCUGACGAAGUACUCCAUAAUGAUCGUUAUUAGGGCAGAUUGAAAGUAUACUUCACAAUUUAAAAAAAAAUACCAAUUAUAUGAUUUGUAACGCUUUUUUAUUUAUUAAUAAAUUAUUAUUCUAAUUUAAUGUUCCUUAA